AAUUCUGGGAUUCCCUCUCCCGCUAGAAUUGCUCCUUUUACAGAAUUAGCAGGCCAACUUAUCUUAAUCCAGGGAGGACAGUGGCAUUCGUUGUUUAGUCCUGUGCUCUUGGUUGGGGUCCGGAAGUCCUGGAAAUCCUAGAGUGCAGCAGAUGGCCGUGCAGGGAUGGUUGGCUGUUGUUGACCAGGUUGAGAAGUGGAAGGUCAGCAAUCCAAGUUAUGAGGCUAUCAGAUGUCCGUCUCGAGAGCAGCGAGGAUCCAGUAGCCACAGCCUGAUGCUAUCAGACAUUCUUCUUCGUUGUCCUGAGGUUGUAAACCAACUCACUGCAUGCUUGCUGCUUGCUGGCACGUUCAACGCCCUGAGCCCAAAAGCAGCUGGGCUCUCUCUGGAGGUGUUUGCUCAUGACCUUUUCUGUUACCACACCCUGGGGCUCCUGGGAGGAGCUGAGACCUCAGCAGCAGUGCCAGGAUGCUGCCUCUGUCAGUGCCUGCUUCUGACUGCCUCCUGGGUCCCGUCACAUCCUCCUAGCUCCCCCCGCCCCCCCAAGAGUGCAGAGGAUGGAAACUGCCCUCCCUGCCUCCGCCUCCGAUAGAGGACUGCUAGAGGCUCCUGUGGCAGGGGACUGACGCGGCAGCUCCUGGCUCGCUGGGGCUCUCUGUAGGCAGCCUGUGCUGGGAGCAGGGGUGUACUCCAUGCCCCGAAGGCCUGGGAAGAUGGAAGGACGAGUGGUAGGCCAGGCACUCAGGGUCUUCCGAAACCGGCUGCUUCACCGCCGAGCAGGAUCUUCCCAGGACAAUCAGAAUGAAGCUGUAAAGGAGCCAGAAAGGACCCAGGAACACCCUCUGCCCAAUUUUGCUGGAGGGCAACACUUCUUUGAAUACCUUCUUGUGGUUUCCCUGAAAAAGAAGAUUUUAGGGGAUGAUUAUGAGCCCACCAUCACCUACCAGUUUCCCAAGCGGGAGAACCUGCUGCGGGGCCAGCAGGAGGAGGAGGAGCGGCUGCUCAAAGCCAUCCCAUUGUUCUGCUUCCCAGAUGGGAAUGAGUGGGCACCGCUCACUGAGUAUUCCAGGGAGACCUUUUCCUUCGUCCUGACCAAUGUGGAUGGGAGCAGGAAGAUCGGCUACUGCAGGCGCCUCCUGCCCGCUGGCCCUGGCCCUCGCCUCCCCCGGGUGUACUGUAUCAUCAGCUGCAUCGGUUGCUUCGGCUUGUUCUCCAAGAUCCUGGAUGAAGUGGAGAAGAGGCAUCAGAUCUCCAUGGCUGUCAUCUACCCAUUCAUGCAGGGCCUCCGCGAGGCAGCCUUCCCUGCUCCUGGGAGGACUGUCACACUCAAGAGCUUCAUCCCUGACUCAGGCACUGAGUUCAUCUCUCUGACACGGCCCCUGGACUCUCAUCUAGAACAUGUGGAUUUCAGUUCUCUGUUGGACUGUCUCCGUUAUGAGCAGAUUCUGCAGAUCUUUGCCUCUGCAGUGCUAGAGAGAAAAAUCAUCUUCCUGGCAGAAGGUCUCAGCACCCUGUCUCAAUGCAUCCACGCUACUGCAGCCCUGCUCUACCCCUUCAGCUGGGCACAUACCUACAUCCCUGUUGUUCCGGAGAGCCUCCUGGCAACUGUCUGCUGCCCUACCCCCUUCAUGGUUGGAGUGCAAAUGCGCUUUCUGCAGGAGGUUAUGGACAGCCCCAUGGAAGAGGUCCUGUUGGUGAAUCUCCAUGAAGGAACCUUCUUAUUGUCUGUUGGCGAUGAAAAAGACAUCCUGCCGCCAAAGCUCCAGGAUGACAUCCUGGACUCCCUCGGUCAAGGGAGCAACGAGUUUAAGACUGCGGAACAAAUCAACGAGCAUGUUUCAGGCCCUUUUGUUCAGUUUUUUGUCAAGACUGUAGGCCACUAUGCUUCCUACAUCAAGCGGGAAGCCAAUGGGCAAGGGCACUUCCAAGAACGGCCCUUCUGUAAGGCUCUGACCUCCAAGACCAACCGUCGAUUUGUGAAGAAGUUCGUGAAGACACAGCUGUUCUCCCUUUUCAUUCAGGAGGCUGAGAAGAGCAAGACUCCUCCUGCAGGCUACUUCCAACAGAAAAUACUUGAAUAUGAAGAACAGAAGAAACAGAAGAAAUCAAGGGAAAAGACUGUGAAGUAAGAGAUGUGCUCAGUGAGCAACUAGACCUACAGGCCAGUCCUGGACUUGGGCCUCUGCCAGUGUGGUAGAUCAGUGAAGCUCCCAGGCCUUGGAAUCCACAGCCUCCCCCGAGUCCUGGGGACCAGGGUUUGCUUCAAGCUGGUGUCUGAGUCUGGGAUCUCCAGUAUCACCGUUCUGAACUUUGGAGGGUUCUGAGCCCAAGCUCACAGGACUGGGCUACACGCUGCAUGUCUGGCAGCAGUGAUACAGGACAGGUAACGAUAGCACAGGUGUUACAGGCACUUAACUAGAAGUUGCUGUAAACACCCUUUCCUGGAAACCAAUAUUAAAAAACCAGCAACGCAGUUGUGGCCCAAAGGCUCAGCUCCUCCACAAACUUAAAAGGAUGUCCAUGGAAACGUGAGGAUGAGAAUAAAGAUGAAAAUCUUA